GUAUUGAAUAAUGUCGACAUCAAUCUCGCAGGCUGCGGAUAAUGCUGACCGGAGUGGUCGUCGCUCCGGCAAACCGGGGGCUGAUAUUCCACAGCUUAGUUGCGAACUAUGCAAGAAGCGAAAAGUUAAAUGCGACAAAUCCAACCCAUGUUCCAAUUGCGUAAAGGCGGACGCGGUAUGCGUCCCUAUUCAUCGCAAGCGCUUACCCCGUGGUCGCCAUACCCACCCCCGGUCACUCGCAACACUCAAUACCGGCGAGGAAUUAAUGUCCCGAAUACGAAACCUAGAGGCUCUAGCUUCAAAUAUCAGUGAAUUAAAAGGCUCGUCGUCGGAGCCCGGACCGGCAACUACAGCUAGCGCUGAAGUAGGUAUAGAUACGGAGAAUGAUGUUGGGUGGCAGUUCUGGGCUCAGAUUGCGGACGAGGUAGAAGGCCUUCGUGAUAUCGUCGAGCGGGCCUCGGAUGACGAGGAGAGCGGUUGGUCAACACCAAAUUCUAGUUUUGGUACUAAUUUGAGGGUAAUUGGCAUCGGAUCCUCUAGUCAUGGUGGUCCCCAAGCGGUUAAUGAUCAUCUAAAAAACCCUGCCAUGACAGCUCAACUAUGCGAAAUCUACCUCCGCCAAGUAGACCCCAUCAUCAAGGUUCUGCAUCGGCCCUCGCUAAGAAAUUUCAUGCAAAACGGCCAGCGCUAUUUGGGGUACGAUACUAACCACGUAUCUACGACGUGUCUAAGCUCGGCCGUCUGCUUUUCUGCAGUGGCGAGUAUGACAGAAGAACAAUGUCAAAACUUGUUCGGUACAAAAAAGCUUACGCUGAUGGGACAAUUUAAAGUAGCUUGUGAAGCCGCCCUCGAAAGCUCAGAGCUAUUGACAACGAGUGAUAUCACUGUCCUACAAGCCUUCGUAUUAUAUCUCACUGCUAGGCGGACUGAGGACUCAAGUCGUGCCGUCUGGACUAUGAUCGCGUUAGCUGUUCGUAUAGCAAAAGCUCUAUCUAUCCACCUAAGAAGGGCAGAGUCUUUUUUUAACCAGCAGAUGAGACGUCGGCUAUGGUUCACGGUGUGUCUCUUGGAUCUUCAAGGGGCACUUGAAGAAGCUACAGAACCACUCAUUGAAGUUGAUGCAAUAUCAUCGGAUUUUCCCGUCAACAUCAAUGAUUCUGAGUUUGACUUUGACACCCCAGGAGAACUUCAGAGCAGAGAUGACCUGACUGACAUGACUUUUGCUCUUGUCACAUACCAUGCACAGUCAAGCGGACGACUCCUGAAUUUUCGUGGUAAGGAGGCGGACAAACUUAAUUGGGAAGAACGAGAAAGACAUGCUUCACUUUUCCAGAAAAACAUUUCGAAUCUUUUGAAAUCCUGCGAUCCAGAAUCAAGCGCAUAUGCAUGGUUCACUUUCCACGAGGCACAAUCACAGGUAGCAUCCAUGCGUCUUGCAGCUCUGAGGCCGUUACACCGCGUCAUCAACCAGCCCGCUCCCCGUGGAAAGUUCGCAGAGAUCCUCAACGACGCCUUGAAGACUUUAGAUGAGGUACACCUAAUCAGAACUAGUCCUAGAGGAGAGGGGUUCAGAUGGUACGUGGUUGUUCAGUGGCACGCGCUAGCGAGCGCUAUCGCUCAAUGUUAUGUCGGCGCAGAUGUCGCGACUCUUCAAACCGCUUGGCCAAUAAUUGAGAGAGCCUUUGAGCACCAUAAGACAGACAUGGAAACUUACCGUCGAGGGAUGUUUGAAAAGCCGUUAGAAAGGCUCAUGAUGCAGGCUAGGAAGAGGAUCGGCGUCCUUUUACGCAACCAGAAUUCUCUCCAGGGGUCGCCACAGCCGUUCAGCCUAGACCAAGCGGAUUACAACCCGCAUUUAGGAUCAUCAAAUCCUACUACGACCGAUAUAGACCCCAACUCGAUGGACUUUUCUAUGGACCAACUGGAUCCUCAACUCGCUAUGGAUUUCGAUUUCAAUGAGGCAAAUUUGUUCCCGCCUUUUGAAAAUUCUAGUAUGGCGCCUUCAUCGAUGUCGCCAUGGUCCGUGCCACAGAUGCCUCACGGUCAGAGCUCGGGGAGCAAUGACGCCCUUGGAGAGAAUAGUGGCUCUUCUGAAGACGUAUCCUGGAAGACGUGGGAAGAUUUUGUCGCCGAACUCUCUUUCAACGAAUUCACCAAGCAUCCUAUGUGA